AUGACGACCGCCACCCUUGUUACCGAGCAGACGGUCGUCGGUGGAGCCAAUGGCAAUCUUCUGGACUGGGCCAGUCUCAGUCCAACCGCUCUGGCCUUGCCGUCAGCGGAUUCUGCCACUUAUGAACCUGUCCUUUUGAGCGAUGAGGAUCUCCAUGUCCUCGAUCCCGCUUUUCUUUCCAAGCGCACAGACACCAAUGUCGAUAAUAAUAAAUCUGCAUAUAACCAGCGUCCAGAGCUAAAGCCAGCUUCCACCAAUGAGGUUGCUCCAAACAUCCACUCUGCUCGACCCUCCCGCUCAUCCAUCACCAGCCUUUCUUCUAUAACUUCUACUUCUACUUCCGCCACUACAGAGUCAGACAUCACUUCGUCCAAGAAGUCUUCAAAGCCCAGCAAACGCAACUCAAAAUCAAAAGUAUAUGACAAGAACGACCCCCGGCGCGAGAGAUAUCUCGAGCGCAACCGGCGCGCAGCCAGCAAAUGCCGCCGCCAGAAGAAAGAGCGCAACCAGCAACUGGAGAACCUGUAUCGCAAACAGUCUGCAGAGCAGGAGCGUCUUCUCUCGGAGCGCGACCGGAUGCGCUCGGAGCUCCUCUCUCUGAAAGAUGAACUGUUGAAACACGCGCAGUGCGAAGACCCGCCGCUCAAGUUCUACAUUGCUCAGAUGGUCGAGGAGGCCGGUGCGGCUGUUGCCCCGGCCAGAUCAAUGAGUACCUAUUCUCCUGUGUACUCCGAGCAGCAGGCGCAGCCCGCACAGCCCCUGAUGUUUAACGAUGAUGACGUCUUGCAGCAACAGUCCCCGACGAUGAAGAUGUCCAUGGUUUCAGACACACCAUGGGCCGCGUCGGGUGGUGACUUUGUCGAUUUCGUUCAAUUGUGA